GCACGCUCACAAACUAUUCUCUGUUUUAUACAUUACUUUUCUUCAGUAUUGUGUUGACUCUUUUUGACAAUCCAUAUAUAUUAGUAACCUAUAAAAAAAUAAAACUAAUGAAUCUAUAGUCACUCGCCUGCUGCUGACAAAAGGACUGGAUCUGGUUCAAAACAGGAAAUGGAUUUUCAGAGGGUGCUAUUACAAAUAGGGCAGUCUUUGUCGUUGGAGGAGCUGAAGGCCCUGGCGUUCCUGUGCAGAGAUGUCUCUCAACGCAGAUUGAACUCCCUUGAACUCUUCAGUGAUCUGUGCUCCAGCCUUUCAGACCAAGACCUGCUCUCACCCGACAACCCCCAGCUCCUGCAAGAGCUGCUCCUGACCAUACAACGACCACGUCUACUCCGAUACCUCCAACAAACUCAUCCAGGACCAAUGACACAGCUUAUCUCACCAUACAGGAAGCUGCUGUACAAUCUCUCUGAAGAUAUCACAGAUGAAGACCUGAGAAAUAUCAAAUUCCUUUUAAACCAAAACCUCCCAAGAAGAAAGUUGGAUGAAAGUGUUACAACUUUGGAGCUUUUCAUGGAGAUGGAGCACAUGGAUCUCCUCAGUGAAUUUAAUCUGGAUUUACUGCAGGAGAUAUUUCAGUCAGUGUGUCCUGUGUUGAAUGAGAAAAUCACUCGCUAUAAGGAACAAGCUAUGCGUGUGCCAUCUGGUUUUGAAGAAAUUAAUUCAUCGACUUCCAUGUCAUUUCCCAUGGAUCAGAACCAGAAUUCUUUAUAUGGCCAGCCUCUAUAUGGAGAGAGCAAUGUGUCGAGCUUUCAGGUAACACCUCAGCUUCCAACUGAUCCCCAAAAUGCCUCUGUGGAUUUUCCACAUGGAUUAUGUUCUCUGUCACUCGAGCAAGUCCGUGACCCAAACAUCGUGCCAAAUUGUUCCUCAUUAAAAGAAGAUGCAGAAACCUCUGAAAAAACAGCCUCUGUGGUUAAUUUUUCCACUGGAGUCAGAAAUGAUGAGGAAAUAGAAACAUAUCCCAUGACUGGAGCAAAAAGAGGCAUUUGUUUGAUUAUAAACAAUUAUGACUUCAGCAAUAAGAAGAGGCGUGAAGGGACACAAAUUGAUCAAGAAUGCCUGGAGCGAGUCUUCCAGUGGCUGGGCUUUGAUGUGGAGGUCCAUCAUGACUGCACCAGGGAGUACAUGCUGUCAGUGAUGGAGAAGCUUAGCAGCAGAGACCACAGAGACAUGGACUGUGUGGUGUGCUGCAUUCUGAGCCAUGGUCUGGAGGGGGGCGUGUUAGGAGUAGAUGGUCAAAAUGUUCCCAUCAAGCAGCUGACUAUGUUUUUGAAUGGAUCCAAAUGCCCCUCUCUUGUUGACAAGCCAAAAAUCUUUUUCAUCCAAGCUUGCCAGGGUGUCCUUGAACAGCAAGCGGUCAGAAUUGAGACAGAUGACCCUACUCCUUGCAUUGAAAGUGAUGCUGCUAAAGUUGACGACUCGAUCCCGGCUGAUGCUGAUUUCUUAUUGGGAAUGGCAACAGUUCCUUCAUUUGUUUCCUACAGAGAAAGGAAAAGCGGCACAUGGUUUAUUCAGGCUUUGUGUAAAAACCUCAUCCAGCUGGUACCCAGGGAAUUGGACCUGGUUUCCAUCCUGACCAAGGUGAAUGCAGAUGUCAGCCAAAAGACGGGUUAUCAGUAUGGACCAAAAAAACAGAUGCCUCAACCAGCCUUUUCACUGCGAAAGAAAGUGAUCUUCCCUGUACCUUCAGCCUGUCCUCCUAGACUGUGGCAAUGACAACCGUUAGAAAAAAAACAUUUGGAAUGAUUUUAUUGUAUGUUUUUUAAUAUGCAGAAAAUAAAUAGG